AAUUUUAACCAUAAUAGAGACAUAUAAACUAAAAAGAAAAAACAGUCCUUUAUGUAUCCUUUCCCCCAACCCUUGUUCAUGAUUUCUACUGAAAAACCGAAAUGCACACAGACCCAAAUAGAUUCCUUGCUUUUGGCAAAAGUGGGAUUUACUUCCUCGCUUGGUGAUUGUUGUUGUUUUAACUGAAAUUUAACACACGUGGAAAAGUGCACACAUGCUAAGUGUAAAGUCGGUGAAUGAUCGUGAAGCACACGUCUGGGAGGAGCGGAACAAGGCCAGCCCCCCGAAGCCCCCGCUCCCUCCUCACAACUCCCCUCCCCUCCUCCAGCCGCCCACCAUCCUAACUUCUGACAACGUGCUCCAUUUUGCCUUUUCCUGAACCUCAUCUAAUGGGACCCGUGCUCCGGAAUGUUCCAUGUCAGUCCACACUGCCUCAUGGCCAGGAUGUUCGCAGGUUAUUCCUCCAGGCCCUCGGGACCAAAAUUUGAGUCCAAAAUUUGGUUUUCCUCUGUUGUGCCCAAAACCAAAGCCACUGUCCUCAGGCACUGCCUGCACACGUGUUUCUGUACGAAGGCGGCCUUCUGUCCUGCUUCACGGACAGGACAGGGAUCAGGGACCCCGAGCCUGGCGCCCGGGGCGGGGGAGGGGCGGGAGGCCAGGGCUGGCGGCGGGGGCUCCGCACCCCGAUGCGAUGUUGAAAUGUUGUGUUGUUUUAACCGCCUUUACUUUCUGAGCUAGGGGCUGUCUCCAUCCAUAGCAAAGUGUAACUUUGUUGUAGAUGAGCGUAAGCCUCACCCUGGAGAGCGCUAGUGCGGCUUCAGGUCCAGAGCAUGGAGAAGCCCCAGUACCGAGGGACCUUGCACUGCUUCCAGUCCAUCAUCAGACAGGAGAGUGUGCUGGGCCUGUACAAGGGCCUGGGCUCGCCCCUCAUGGGGCUCACCUUCAUCAACGCGCUGGUGUUCGGCGUGCAGGGCAACACCCUCCGGGCGCUGGGCCGCGACUCGCCGCUGAACCAGUUCCUGGCCGGCGCGGCGGCGGGCGCCAUCCAGUGCGUGAUCUGCUGCCCGAUGGAGCUGGCCAAGACGCGGCUGCAGCUGCAGGCCGCGGGCCCGGCGCGCACCUACCGGGGCUCGCUGGACUGCCUGGCGCAGAUCUACCGGCGGGAGGGCCUGCGCGGCGUCAACCGGGGCAUGGCGUCCACGCUGCUGCGCGAGACGCCCAGCUUCGGGGUCUACUUCCUCGCCUACGACGUGCUCACGCGGGCGCUGGGCUGCGAGCCGGGCGACCGCCUGCUGGUGCCCAAGCUGCUGCUGGCCGGCGGCACGUCGGGCAUCCUGUCCUGGCUCUCCACCUACCCCGUGGACGUGGUCAAGUCGCGGCUGCAGGCCGACGGGCUGCGGGGCGCCCCGCGCUACCGGGGCAUGCUCGACUGCGUGCGCCAGAGCUACCGCGCCGAGGGCUGGCGCGUCUUCACGCGUGGCCUGGCCUCCACGCUGCUGCGCGCCUUCCCCGUCAACGCCGCCACCUUCGCCACCGUCACCGUGGUGCUCACCUAUGCGCGCGGCGAGGAGGCCCAGCCCGAGGGCGAGGCUGUGCCCGCCGCCCCUGCGGCCCCCGCGGGGCCGGCCCUGGCCCAGCCCUCCAGCCUGUGACGCCCGCCGCCGGCCCCAUGGGCCCGACCUCCCCCGGGGCCGCUUUUCAGAAACGCAACACGGACAUACAUCGGCCCCCAGCCGCUCGCCCUGCCCAGACGCCCAGACGCCGUGGGCUGUGGGCUCCAUCAGACCUGGGUUGAAUUUCUCUCGUCCCCUGGGUGACCUGACCACAAACUUGACCUCAGUGUUCUCAGCUGUGAAAUGGGGAUCCUCAUACCCACACUGUAGUCACGACGCUCAGAGAUGGUAUCGAGCAGCGCCCAGCACUGAACCUGCUGCUGUUCCUUGGAGUCUUCCAGAAACCCAGCCGAGACCCCAGCCCUCCCCGGGGAUCCCAGCCACCACCACCACCGGGUCUCUGAUGACCUACCGAUGGGCUACCCGCUGAC